AAAAAGACACAGGUAAAUUUGGCAAUCAUCAGAGAAAUAUUACAAAACCAACUUGAUUUUGGAUUCGUUGAGAGAUAGAGCAAUUUCUCAGACAAUAGCGUCAAUUUAGAUAAAAUGGUGGCUCUUUCUUCCACGACUUUGAAUUGCGUUCCGGUUGAAAUAAUAGUAAUUCUACAUACAAUCUCCGUAAUGAUACUGAUUCCAGUUCAGUCAUAUUAUGUGAUAGACAAAACGGCAAAGCAACACAAUCAAGUUCACAUAUUAAAAGACUCGGAAUCAGCUUGCCAUGUGUCAAAUGCAACAAAUAUUAAUCAUAUAAACGACUCAAGUGUAAUAAUACAAAAGGAAGCUGCAGAGAACUUAAUGCAUUUAAGUUUAUGCGUAACAAUUGUUUCAGUGAUUCCGAUAUUCUUGUUUGGGUACCUUUCAGAUGUAUAUGGAAGAAGACAAAUGUGGACUGUAUGCGCCUGUGGCACCCUGGCUAAAGAGAUAAUUUUACUGCUGACUGUAGUAUUAGAACUUCCUACUUGGGUGUUGUAUUUUGGACAAGUUAUUUUUGCAUUGACAGGAACAUACAGUGGUGCAAUGGUUAUAAUCUUUGGAAGUAUUGCCGACACAACAACUGAGGGAAAAGAUAGAAGUUUCCGGAUCACCGUUGUACAAGGAACAGGAAUGCUAACAGCAGCAGUUACAACUUUUGGAAUGGGUUUUUGGAUAUUAGAGGAAGCGUUUAGAUAUCCAAUUAUAAUGACAUUGUUCCUAACAACUAUCAAUCUCGUUCUUGGACUUCUUAUGCUACCACAGAAAAAACAACCUGCAACCAAACUAAAGACAGUUCUUGCUCCAUUUAAAAUAUACAUUGAUGCAAAUUCAGAGAGAAGACGUAAAAUGUUUCUGUGCUUAGCUGUUUUUCUGCUGUUAUCUUCGUGUUUGGUUGGCAAACUUGGAUAUCAGAAAUUAUUUCUUAUGCGAAAUCCGCUCUGUUGGAACGUUCUACAUGUGCAAAUACUACGUGCUGUGCAAACACUAUUCAACACCAUAUUUGUCAUUGGAGUUGUCCGCUUACUCCUACGCAUUACGUCAGAGAGUAUUAUUUUAAUCGUUGGCAUAAUUUCUACAGUUUCAUACUUGAUUGUGUUUGGUUUUUCGAUAAAUGACUUGAUGGUAUAUUCACAUGUGAUAGUAGGCUGUAUGUCAAUUGCAGUGUUUCCUAUGCUAAGAGCCACUCUGUCUAAACUUGUUAGUUCUGAUGAACAAGGAUCCGUCUUUGCAAGUAUGGCAUGUUUAGAUGAACUUGUUGCAGCAUUUGCUCAUCUUACUUACGGGAAACUGUACACAUUUUCUGUAGCUAGGUUUCCAGGAUUGAUUUUCUUAGUGAUGGCAGGUGUGUCAAUCAUUACGCUAUUUGGAGCUAUAGUACUUCAUGGUUGGAUGCAUAAAGAUCACAAGGAUACAAAGGAAUCAGUUAUAGAGUUGAGUUACAUUAAAUCUUCAAGUUUCUCCAGGGAUACAACGGAAACAGGAAAUGCAAUCUAAUUUUUUAAAAAUAUUAGAAGCUUUAACUACACUAUGUAUUACAACGUUAUGUUAACCUCAAAAAGUUAUUAAUUCAAGCAACUCGUAUAAAAUAUCAAAACGAUUGGAUUUUCCGCAAGGUUCGAAUUAUUUUAUGUGGAUACCAUCCACAAAACAUGAUCAGAAUCAUUAAACUAAGGUUGUGACUCCUUCAGUUGAAGUUGUCUCCAAACAUGUGUUUUAUACUUCUUUUUUUCU